AUGCUGGGUGCAGUUGGGGCGUAUGAGUGGAACGGGACAGUGGUGAUGCACACAGACCAGGGUACCAUGGUUCCCAUAAACGCAGACUUCCAAGACCCACGGGACGAGAGGAAGGAGAGCCUGGCGGGGUAUGUGGGUAAGUACAAACGACACACACACGCACACACAUCCUGGUGGGGUACGUGGGUAAAGUCCAGACCAGACCAGACAAACCACCCUCAUGGAUUACAUUGUAUUUAUUUACCUUUUAAACCUUUAUUUAACCAUACAUGGCUGUUUAUGAUGUUGAAUUCCUGCCCUGUCCUCUGUUACUGUAGUUAUCUAUGUGUAAGUCUAGACCUACUGUUUUACAUGAACCACUCCACACAUGGAGUUCACUCAAGGGAAAAAUAAAGUAACGUAGAAAAAACAAUUAUUUGAAUUGAAGACAGUUAAGAAGAACAGCUUCUUAUUUAGAUUACAGUACAAUGACAACCUGUACUGACACUUUGGAAACUGGACAGUGGGCCAAGUCCUUAAUGCCUUCCAGCUCCUGUAUAAACAGCACAGGGUUUAUAAGUAAUGCCCCAUUACUGUACAAUAGACAGAAACAUGGUCUAUGUCCCAAAUGGCACCCUAUUCCCUAUAUAGUGCACUACUUUUGACCAGGGCCCAUAGGGCUCUAGUCAAGAAUAGUGCACUAUAUAGGGAAUAGGGUGCCAUUUGGGAGGCAGUUAUGCUUAUACUCUAACUGAAAUAACAGACCCACAGGGCUUACAGUAGCCUACAUCUCCCCUCAUACUACCUUUUAUGGGCUGUAGGGAAGACGCUGUGCGGGAUUAAACAAUAAUGUUAUUUAAUAAAAGUGUCAUGGAGAACAAUCUGGGUGGCUGUUAGUUUCAGACCAGACAAACUCAAACACUGAGUAUGUCUGAAAUAUGAGCAGAUGAACCACACACACACACAUACACACACACUGCACACACACUCCUCUCUGUUCUCCAAUGUUUUACUGCUUCCUCUUAACAAUGAGACUAAACUAAACUAAUGCCAGGAGACAGAUGUACUCAAAUAAACCACUAAUAGAGACACACUGUGUCCUUAUGCUGUGGUCAUGAACUGCUCUAGUGUGUGUGUGUGUGUGUGUGUGUGUGUGUGUGUGUGUGUGUGUGUGGUGUGUGGGUGUGUGUGUGUGGUGUGUGUGUGUGUGUGUGUGUGUGUGUGUGUGUGUGUGUGUGUGUGUGUGUGUGUGUGUGUGUGUGUGUGUGGUGUUGUGUGUGUGUGUGUGUGUGUGUGUGUGCGGGUAUGUGUUUGUAUCUGCCCACCCUGCAGGUUAUGAUGUGCAGUCGGCAUCAACCCCUAACGGUGUAUUAUAUAUUACGGGAGCACCGCGGUACAACCACACAGGCAGAGUCAUUGUGUACAAACUGGAUGGGAAACACAUCACAGUCACACAAGUACUGAAAGGAGAGCAGGUGACCAAUCAUCAAUCAUCAUUCAUCAAUCUUCCACCACCAUCAUCAUAAUACAUUACAAGCAACAUCUUUACGUUAUGUAGUUGCUUUGUCAAACUCAUUGGGUUGUGUGGUUAGACACAGCGGGUGUGGGAAGAGACUAUGCAUUCUGUAACCAAUGCAGCACAAAAUUGUUAACGACAUAAUUUGUGUACAUUCGAUAGAAAUGAGAUACUGCAAAGUGAGCAGAAAAUAAAGUACUCUAAUUUAUGGAAUUCAGAAGAGUUCGCUUAUGUCAAGGCAUUAGAUCUUUCUACUUAAGUUUGAGCAUGGAAUUCAGAAGAGGUUAAGUUAAGGUUAUAUUAAAGCAUGUAUUACGAUUUACGGUUGAGUGGUUAUAAUGUAGUUUGACCCAUAGAAUAUAUAAUCCAGUAUUAGAGGUUCAAAGCCCGUUCUAUGGAUUCUAUUUCAAAGUUUUGACCUCUGUCUGUCUCCUGUAGAUUGGCUCCUACUUUGGCAGCGUGCUCCAGACAGUGGAUGUUGACCAAGACUCGUACACAGACAUCCUGCUGGUGGGAGCUCCUAUGUACAUGGGCCCAGAGAAGGAGGAGCAGGGACAGGUGUACGUUUACAAACUCAAUGAGGUAUGUGGUAUACUGUUUGUGUCUUUGACCUGUCAUAGUAAAUUUAGUUAAAAUAAUAUAAUGAAUUAGGUUAAUAAGUGAAUGUAACUAUCUAGUUGGAGAUCACACUUCAGGGUAUGUAUGUUACAAUAUGAAGUCUCAUUAGAAAAGCUAACAUUGGAUUGGAACAAGGGUCUGAUGAUGCUCAAUAAACAUCUCUCUCUCCCUUCCUUCUUUCGUUCUCUCUCUCCAUCCCCCUACACCUCCAGAAGGGCAUGUUUGAGCACCAGACCACGCUGAAGCCAGACAACCAGAUUUGUUGUACCUCGGCCCACUCCCACGGCUGCACCAACGUUAGUAAGAAUGACCCGUGUGGCGCCCGUUUCGGCACCGCCAUCGCAGAGGUCAGCGACCUGGACCUGGACGGGAACCGGGACGUGGCCAUCGGGGCACCGUUCGAGAACGACCACAGAGGAGCCGUCUACAUCUACCACGGAGCCAAGAAGACUAUCAAGGAGAAAUACGUCCAGGUAAAGAAAGAAAAGACCAUUUGGGGUGCUCUCCAUCUCCCAUCCGCUUACGGAUAGAGAGAGGAGAGAGAGAGAGAGCGCGAGACGAGCGACGAGGUCGCGAGAGGAGAGAGCGCCAAGCGCGAGCCCCAGACAGGCGAACAGGUAACGCCGUUCGCACCCCGCUCAGAGCCGAGAAAAACCAAGAGACAAACCGAAGAGCAAUAACUAAAAACCCCCAAAACUCAUCUCUCCAGAACCCCCCACUCUCUCCCACUCGCUCUCCCCCCUCCCUCUCCCCUCUCUCCUCUCAAUCAAUUCAAUUUAAGGGCUUUAUUGGCAUGGGAAACGUAUGUUAACAUUGCCAAAGCAAGUGAAGUAGAUAGUAAACAAAAGUGAAAUAAACAAAAAAUAUUAACAGUAAACAUUACACUCAGAAGUUCCAAAAGAAUAAAGACAUUUCAAAUGUCAUAUUAUGUACAGUGGGGAGAACAAGUAUUUGAUACACUGCAGAUUUUGCAGGUUUUCCUACUUACGAAGCAUGUAGAGGUCUGUAAUUUUUAUCAUAGGUACACUUCAACUGUGAGAGACGGAAUCUAAAACAAAAAUCCAGAAAAUCACAUUGUAUGAUUUUUAAGUAAUUAAUUUACAUUUUAUUGCAUGACAUAAGUAUUUGAUACAUCAGAAAAGCAGAACUUAAUAUUUGGUACAGAAACCUUUGUUUGCAAUUACAGAGAUCAUACGUUUCCUGUAGGUCUUGACCAGGUUUGCACACACUGCAGCAGGGAUUUUGGCCCACUCCUCCAUACAGACCUUCUCCAGAUCCUUCAGGUUUCGGGGCUGUCGCUGGGCAAUACGGACUUUCAGCUCCCUCCAAAGAUUUUCUAUUGGGUUCAGGUCUGGAGACUGGCUAGGCCACUCCAGGACCUUGAGAUGCUUCUUACGGAGCCACUCCUUAGUUGCCCUGGCUGUGUGUUUCGGGUCGUUGUCAUGCUGGAAGACCCAGCCACGACCAAUCUUCAAUGCUCUUACUGAGGGAAGGAGGUUGUUGGCCAAGAUCUCGCGAUACAUGGCCCCUUCCAUCCUCCCCUCAAUACGGUGCAGUCGUCCUGUCCCCUUUGCAGAAAAGCAUCCCCAAAGAAUGAUUUUUCCACCUCCAUGCUUCACGGUUGAGAUGGUGUUCUUGGGGUUGUACUCAUCCUUCUUCUUCCUCCAAACACGGCGAGUGGAGUUUAGACCAAAAAGCUCUAUUUUUGUCUCAUCAGACCACAUGACCUUCUCCCAUUCCUCCUCUGGAUCAUCCAGAUGGUCAUUGGCAAACUUCAGACGGGCCUGGACGUGCGCUGGCUUGAGCAGGGGGACCUUGCGUGCGCUGCAGGAUUUUAAUCCAUGACGGCGUAGUGUGUUACUAAUGGUUUUCUUUGAGACUGUGGUCCCAGCUCUCUUCAGGUCAUUGACCAGGUCCUGCCGUGUAGUUCUGGGCUGAUCCCUCACCUUCCUCAUGAUCAUUGAUGCCCCACGAGGUGAGAUCUUGCAUAGAGCCCCAGACCGAGGGUGAUUGACUGUCAUCUUGAACUUCUUCCAUUUUCAAAUAAUUGCGCCAACAGUUGUUGCCUUCUCACCAAGCUGCUUGCCUAUUGUCCUGUAGCCCAUCCCAGCCUUGUGCAGGUCUACAAUUUUAACCCUGAUGUCCUUACACAGCGCUCUGGUCUUGGCCAUUGUGGAGAGGUUGGAGUCUGUUUGAUUGAGUGUGUGGACAGGUGUCUUUUAUACAGGUAACGAGUUCAAACAGGUGCAGUUAAUACAGGUAAUGAGUGGAGAAGAGGAGGGCUUCUUAAAGAAAAACUAACAGGUCUGUGAGAGCCGGAAUUUUUACUGGUUGGUAGGUGAUCAAAUACUUAUGUCAUGCAAUAAAAUGCAAAUUAAUUACUUAAAAAUCAUACAAUGUGUUUUUCUGGAUUUUUGUUUUAGAUUCCGUCUCUCACAGUUGAAGUGUACCUAUGAUAAAAAAUUACAGACCUCUACAUGCUUUGUAAGUAGGAAAACCUGCAAAAUCGGCAGUGUAUCAAAUACUUGUUCUCCCCACUGUAUAUAUACAGUGUUGUAACAAUGUGCAAAUAGUUAAAGUACAAAUGGGAAAAUAAAUAAACAUAAAUAUGGGUUGUAUUUACAAUGGUGUUUGUUCUUCACUGGUUGCCCUUUUCUUGUGGCAACAGGUCACAAAUCUUGCAGCUGUGAUGGCACACUGUGGUUUUUCACCCAGUAGAUAAGGGAGUUUAUCAAAAUUGGAUUUGUUUUCGAAUUCUUUGUGGAUCGCUGUAAUCUGAGAGAAAUAUGUGUCUCUAAUAUGGUCAUACAUUUGGCAGGAGGUUAGGAAGUGCAGCUCAGUUUCUACCUCAUUUUGUGGGCAGUGUGCACAUAGCCUGUCUUCUCUUGAGAGCCAGGUCUGCCUACGGCGGCCUUUCUCAAUAGCUAGGCUAUGCUCACUGAGUCUGUACAUAGUCAAAGCUUUCCUUAAGUUUGGGUCAGUCACAGUGGUCAGGUAUUCUGCCACUGUGUACUCUCUGUUUAGGGCCAAAUAGCAUUCUAGUUUGCUCUGUUUUUUUGUUUGUUCUUUCCAAUGUGUCAAGUAAUUCUCUUUUUGUUUUCUCAUGAUUUGGUUGGGUCUAAUUGUGUUGUUGUUGUUGUUGUUGUCCUGGGGCUCUGUGGGUCUGUUUGUGUUUGUGAACAGAGCCCCAGGACCAGCUUACUUAUGGGACUCUUCUCCAAGUUCAUCUCUCUGUAGGUGAUGGCUUUGUUAUGGAAGGUUUGGGAAUCACUUCCUUUUAAGUUGUUAUAGAAUUUAACGGCUCUUUUCUGGAUUUUGAUAAUUAGCGGGUAUUGGCCUAAUUCUGCUCUGCAUGCAUUAUUUGGUGUUUUACGUUGUACACAGAGGAUGUUUUUGCAGAAUUCUGCAUGCAGAGUCUCAAUUUGGUGCCCAUAAAGGGCAAUGGGUUCUAUAACUGAGCCCGGAUAGAGAGAAGAGAGGAGAGAGGGGGCUAUAGGAGCUCUAGCUCUAUUAGAUAUCUAUCUUGCUUCUCUCUCUCUCUCUCUCUCUCUCUCUCUCUCUCUCUCUCUCUCUCUCUCUCUCUCUCUCUCUCCUGUUCUCAUCUGUGGAGGCUGAUGUCACUUUAAAUCAAAGGAUGGGCUCAUUCUAAUGGCUGGAAUGGAAUGAAUGAAACACAUGUAAACCAUAUCCUCCGAUUUCUCCCUCCACCAGCCUCCACUGGUCCUCAUCUGUAAUCAAUGUGUGGGAUAGUGGUUUGUGUAUAGACAAUGUGCAGUAGAUAUGCAGUUACAGUAGGAGUAGAUACCGUAGAAGUAUUCCUGUUAGCCUUCUGAAUGUGUGUGUGCUGGUGUGGUUUCAGCGUAUCCCAGGUCCUGGAGACGGGGUGAAGACUAAGUUCUUUGGCCAGUCAAUCCAUGGAGUCAUGGACCUGAACGGAGAUGGAAUCAUAGACGUUACCAUCGGAGGGCUGGGAGGUGCUUCUCUGUUCUGGUGAGUGUUCAGUGCUUCAGCGUUUAGAGUCAAACAUAAAGUCACGCCUUGCGGUCAUGGACAGUAUGCGCAUGCAAGCAGGAACACACACACACUCCCUCUAGCACUCCACUUCGACUAUUAGUAAUAGCAGUAACCUCAAAUAUCAUCUCACAUAAUCAAAGACUGUCACUCUGGUUUACACAGCUGUGUCCCUCUCGGGAUUUGAACCAACAACACCCUCUUCUCUAUGUUCAAACCCCCUGGCCAUCCUCUCCUCAUAGUGCUCAUGGAGCUGAACCCUCUACACACCACAGUGUGUGCUGGAAUGGGCCUAGCUGACCGGGGCCAACCAGGGCUGUGUGAAAAUCUCCAACUCCCAGAAGGCAAAGCUUUUAAAACAUGAUUUGUCAGCUCUUCCUCCUGGGCUUUUGGACCUCUGCUUAACAGAGAGUGGCUGUAGAGAGUUGGAGAGUCACUCCCUAAUUCCAGAGCGUCCAUGGCAGUGGACCUAACAGUUUGAUACUGCAGCUGUAGAACUCAGUUACGCCAUGGAAACCAGUGACCUCCGCCAUUAUGGAUUCCUUUGUAGAGCUGCCAUGGCCGGCGAUGUGGUUUAGACCACGGUCGCAAACAUCCUUACAUGAAGGCAUGAAUAAUGUGGUUCAAAUGGGAUGUUCUAUUUGGGAGUUACUCAAAAAGAAUUAAAGCAGUAUACCUUUUGGCUUCUGCUGUUUUCCUUUUUUGGAAACUUGUAUUUAUUAAGUUUCAUUCACAGGUCAUUCACUUUGGUAACAGUUCCAUGUGCCAGUUCCAUGUGAUAAUGCCGUGUUCAAAACAACUGGGAACUGGGAAAUCUCCGACUUCCGACUUCAGUGCGUUCAAAACAACUGGGAAGAAUUUGCACUGACUGGGAAAAAUCUAUUUGAAUGGUCAUCGAACUCGGAAUUCCAACUCGGGCCUCUUUCUAGAGCUCCGACUUUCCGACCUGAAGAUCACUGACGUCAUUAUUUGUACUCGUAUUUUUCCUCGAGUUCCCAGUUGUUUUGAACGCUGCAUAAAUUUGGUGUUUGUCAUCCAGGUCCAAGGAUGUUGCUGAGCUUUAUGCCAACAUGACCUUUGAACCGAGCAAGAUCAACCUACAGCAGCCCACUAAAGGCUGUGUGUUGGGUGCGAGGGAAACCGUGUGUGUGAAGACCAGGGUCUGCUUUAGCUACAGCGUCAAGUCUGAGAAGGAUGACACUAUCUUGGGCACAGGUGAGAGUCUGAUCAACCCCUUUCCUUUCAUACAGUAUGUUUACAUGUUUACAGUGUAAACCUACUUCAAUAAUAUGCAACGAUUAAAGCUGACUCUCGAUAAGAACAGUAAAAAGGAGUAAAAUAUAAAGCUGUGGGUCUUUCAUUUUGAGGUUGCUGUAGCUAUAUCAUGACUAGGGUUGGAAAAUUCCGGUAACUUUCCCAAAAUUCCCAGGUUUUCCAGAAAUCCCGGUUCAAAAUUGUCAUCAAUCAGGAGGGAAUAAGCAGGAAAUUCCGGAAUCCUCCAACCAGGAUUUAUAGAAAAACUAGGCAUUUUGGGAAAGCUACUGGAAUUUUGCAACCCUAAUCAUGAUUGGUGUGUGUUGUGUUUCAGCCAUUAAGUACAACCUGACACUGGACUCUCUGAGGGCGAAGUCGAGGGCUGCGUUUGUCAACUCAGACGAGAAGAGUGAGAGGAAGGUCCAGGCCACCGCCAAGAUCAUUGACUCUCUGUGUGUGGAGCAUUUAUUCGCCAUGAAGGCAAGUAAAUCCUUCCUCACCCAGCCUGGUCAACAUGGAGAGAAAGAGAGGCAGACGGGAGAGAGCGAGAGAGAGAGAGAGUAUCUCAGCCAUUAGUAUCUCAGUAGACCUCCUCAACAGACUGGCUAGUGGAUGUAGUGGAUGGAUGUACAGUAUGGAGCCAAGUUGCUCUGGUAUUUAUUCAUUGUAGGACAGCCUGGCCUCAAAGACGUAACAUAGUAAAUGUAAAUCUGUGAUAGGCCUAUGUUAUACUCUUAGAAAAAAGGGUUCCAAAAGAGUUAUUCGGCUGUCCCCAUAGGAGAACCCUUUUUGUUUCCAGGUAGAACCCUUUUUGGUUCCAGGUCAGUUAGAACCCUUUUGGGUUCCAUGUAGAACCCUCUGUAGAAAGGGUUCUAAAUGGAACCCAAAAAGAAUCCUCUGUAGAAAGGGUUCUACAUGGAACCCAAAAGGGUUCUACCUGCAACCAAAAAGGGUUCUUCAAAGGCUUCUCCUAUGGGGACAGCCGAAGAACCCUUUAAGGUUCUAGAUAGCACCUUUUUUUCUAAGAGUGUACGUUUGGUAUGGUUACAUAAGACGGAAUGUUACUUAAGUCAAAAGCGAAAGGAUGGAGGUUGGUCGGGGAGGAUGGAUGUGUGGGCGUAUAAUGCGAAAGUCAAGCAAACCAAAGGUUACGUGUUCGAAUCACAUCACAGACAACUUUAGUAUUUUAGCUAAUUAGCAACUUUGCAAAUACUUAGCAUGUUAGCUAACCCUUCCCCUAACCCCUAACCCUAACUCCUAACCUUAAUCCCUAACCUUAACCUUAACCUUAACUCCAAACCCUAAUCCCUAGCCUAGCUAAUGUUAGCCACCAAGCUAACGUUAACCACAACAAAGUGGAAUUCGUAACAUAUCAUAUGUAUUGCAAAUUCAUAACAUAUUGUAGAAAUUUCAAUUCGUAACAUAUCAUACGAAUUGUAAUUUGUAACAUAUCAUACGAAAUGGAGAGAGACAGAUUUACAUUUACUAUGUUACGUCUAUCCCUGAGUCCAGGUUGUGUAGGAAUGCUCUUAACAUGAAAGUGGAGAAAGAUCUCCCUCCCUUGAUCAAAGGGAAAGCGUUUUCAGGAAAACAACCACUUUUACAAAAAGCCCAUUACUGUACAUACGCACAUUUUAGCUUAAAAGUGGCCUAGAAAUCGAUUCACAUUGCAUUGAUUGUUAAUUCUUCUAUUGGUUAUUUUGUAGCAGAGAGUUGUACAUUAUAAGGUUUUAGUAAGGAGGCCAGAUGAAAAGUAGAGAGCUUUUAAAGAACAGAAGACCUUGACUGUAAUGGGAACCAGAACCAGAGCUUUACUGAUCAAAGCAGGGUGAAGAGAAUGCCCCGACAAUGACUGUUAAACUACCUCCAGUACCUCUGAGAAAGGGAGCGAGAAAUGGGAGCGAGAGAGAGGGUGCGAGAGGGGAGGUGAAGAGAGGAGAGAGAGAUGGGGAGAGGAGGGGAUGGAGGGGAGAGAGAGAUGAAGAGAGGGGUAGAGGGAGAGAGGGCGAGAUAGAUAAGCAAAAUAAAGUGAAAGAGGGAGGGAGAGAGAUAGGAGAAAGAAAGAGAGAGUGGAUGAGAUAGAGAGGGAGAUAGGCAUGUUAGAGAGAGAGGGGUAGAGGCAUGUUUGAGAGAGUUAGAGAGAGAGGGGUAGAGGCGUGUUUGAGAGAGUUAGAGAGAGAGGGGUAGAAGCAUGUUUGAGAGAGAGAGAGAGGGGUAGAGGCAUGUUUGAGAGAGUUAGAUAGAGAGGGGUAUAUAGGACUGUGAGGGUGUUAGAGAGAGAGGGGUAGAGGCAUGUGAGAGAGAGAGAGGAGAGUUUGAAAGAGAGACAAAAGAAAGAAAAGAGAGAGAGAGAAGAAGAGAGGGAAAAAGGGAGAGCUGGUGGAUGGUUGGAGAGUGCGGUCAAAGUGCAUUCCAGUGGAGAUAUUCGCUAGUGUUCUGUUCCGCAAUGCAGCCAGAUAGAUCUCACGCUGUCCAUUCCAACUGGAACAUAGCUGUAUUCUCCACUCUGAUAAAGACUGACACACAUAACCCACAUUGCCCUCCGAGGGGGAGAUAUAAUAGACAUGUAGCCCACAUAAUCCACAGGGACUACUGAUAACAGUAAGGGUUAUACUGUACAUGCAGUGAAUAAGAUCUAAGGCAUACAGUAGUUUACAGUACUUUAGAUUACAUAUUCUGACAUAUUCUUUAAGAAAGCUGAUUCAAAUACAAUACAUCCAGACAGUGACCAAAAGCAAACACAGUAGGUACAUUCAGUGGCGUCAUGCCCAUAGGGGGCACAAAGGCACAUGCCCCCUCAGAUUUUUAAAAAACAUGUUCAGAUAUUAGAUUAAUUACUAAACUUCAUUUUUAAGCCCACGUUUUAUCAUAUAUAUUGUCAGCGGUACUUUGCGGAGGGGGCACUGGUACUGUAUAUAUAUAAAUAUAUGUGUACCAGUCAAAAGUUUGGACACACUUUUUAUUUAUUUAGUUUUUACAUUGUAUAAUAAUAGUGAAGACAUCAAAACUAUGAAAUAACACGUUUGGAAUCAUGUAGUAACCAAAAAAGUGUUAAACAAAUCAAAAUAUAUUUUAUAUUUGAGAUUCUUCAAAGUAGCCACCCUUUGCCUUGAUGACAUCUUUGCACAUUCUUGGCAUUCUCUCAACCAGCUUCAUGAGGUAGUCACCUGGAAUGUAUUUCAAUUAACAGGUGUGCCUUGUUAAAAGUUAAUUUGUGGAAUAUCUUUCCUUCUUAAUGCGUUUGAGCCAAUCAGUUGUGUUGUGACAGGGGGGGGGGGGGGGGGGGGGGGGGUAUACAGAAGAUAGCCCUAUUUGGUAAAAGACCUAGUCCAUAUCAUGGCAAGAACAGGUCAAAAAAGCAAAGAGAAACAACAGUCCCUCACCCGCAUCAAAGUUGCCCAUCCCUGCUCUAGUGCAUGCAGUAUCUUCAGUGGAGGACGAGAGAGAGUGUAGAGUGACACACACAGCGUUUGAUUUUAUUUUAGCAGCAGGUGAAGGGCAGGAGGUAUGUUUGUAAAUUAAUUUGAUCAAGAUAUGUAGCCUAUUGAUUCCUUCUUGAUGAAUAUUUUAUUUUAUUUUAUAUAUAUAUAUAUAUAUAUAUAUAUAUAUAUAUAUAUAUAUAUAUAUUGUUGUUCCUCUGUAAUACUAGCCACCUAGCAAUUUUAUGAAGUUGGCUUUAGCUAGCCAGCUAGAUAGGUUCCCAAUCUCCCAACCCAUAACUAGCUACCAAACCAUUUCAGGCUAUCGAUCAAGUUAGAUUAGCUUGUCUAACUAUCUUAGCUGACAUGCCUGCUGGCAAGGUUUCUAGACUUUAGAAAUAAGAGGUAUGCUUAGAUAACCUAUGCCGAGAAAUAGCGGCCGAUAGCUUAGUGGUUAAGAGCGUUGUGCCAGUAACCGAAAGGUCGCUGGUUCUAAUCCCCGAGCCGACUAGGUGAAAAAUCCCCUAAUUGCUCCUGUAAGUCGCUCUGGAUAAGAGCAUCUGCUAAAUGACAAAAAUGUAAAUAGACAUAUUUUUUACAUAGAAUUAGACAUAAUGAUUAUGGCUCUAGAUUACAGGAAAAACUGUUUCAGAUGUUUGAAAAAUUCCAUAUUAUCCCAGAUUCUCCAACCACCCCUCUUUCAUCCUCACAUACAUCGCACCCCCUCUAAAAUAAAUGGUGAAUGACGCCCCUGGAUACAUUGUACAUUACAUUAUCCCCUCCUCCCUUCAGGCUAAAUUGGACUUCAGAGACCCCAUCAUGGUCUCCCUAGAGUUUGGCCUGGCUGAGGACACAGGUCCCGUCCUGGAUGGAGACUUACCAACGUCACUUAACAAAACGGUAAGAUGAACCACACUGCGCCAGAUUUAACACACAAACACACACACACACACACACACCAGUAACUUUUGGCUUGCCAUGAAUUUUGUGUACCUUGGCUUGCUUCCCUCUUUAGCCCCUAGAGGCCCUCAUUGGCUAACAAUAUGUGUGCACACAUUGAUUUCUUACCUUACUGUUUUGUUUAGACCUCAGCUAUCACAUAUUGCAACGGUGAAUAUGCAAUAUGUGAGCAGAGAAGUCAGUAAUCAGUACUUUACACUGUCAUGCAGUCAUACUCUCCACAGCAACAGCUGUCCUCCAUCCUUCACUAGUUCAUAGUAGGCUUAUUAGCUUUAAAACACUGACAGGCAGUUAUCCUGUUUCCAUAAUGGAGCUCCCACACACACAUAGUUCUUAUGAGCUAUUUGCCAGACGGACAGAGAGCCAAAACAUGUGGCUGGAUAAUAACGCAGUGGUAGAACAGGGAUUCCUUGAAGCCUCAAAUUCCUCAACACAAAACAGGGUGUGAUUACAUCCAAGUUACAUGUCUGUUUAGUAAAGUUAGCACAUGUUCACUGGUUCUCAGGCCUGAGUUCUCAUGCUAUCAACAAACCACACCUCUCUCAGUAUAACCAGAGAGGAAGUGCCGAAGUGAGAGGGUACACUCCCGUCAACAUCUGUCCACACAGGAAUACAGUGAUAAGCAGACCGAUAAGCAGACCGAUAAGCAAACCACCUGCCUUCCCGUCUUUGGGACGACUCCCAUUGUUUGGGCGGAGACAAGACCAUCUCGUCAUUAUAUAAAACAGGAGGUUGUUGGCACAUUAAUUAGGGAGGACGGGCUCGUGGUAAUGGCUGGAGCGAAAGGAGUGGAAUGGUAUCAAUUACGUCAAACAUGGUUUCCAUGGUGAUGCCAUUCCAUUCGCUCCUUUCCAACCAUCAUUAUGAGCCGUCCUCCCCUCAGCAGCCUCCACUGUUAUAUAGUAUCUCUGGUACAACAUACUACUCAGGGUCAUGGAGGACGUUCUUCUGUUACACUAGAGAAGUGGUCCUGCUACUGUAGAGUGGAGGGCAGAGAUGUUGGAACAAAUACACGAGUGCACACACACACACACACACACAUACUGUAGUUAUCACACGAAAGCGCUACGUUUUCCCUGAGACAUUGUAUGGCAUCCCAGAUCGUCAUUCUUGGGAGAAGACACUGUUGAUCUUGUCACCAUUCCAAUGCCACUGGGAACCAAUGGGAUCUCAUGUCCCAAAUGUUAGGAAUGCAUUUAACUAUUUCAGUCUGUCUUGUACAUGGUUUACAGUUGAAGUUGGAAGUUUACAUACACUUAGGUUGGAGUCAUUAAAACUCGUUUUUCAACCACUCCACAAAUUUCUUGUUAACAAACUAUAGUUUUGGCAAGUCGGUUAGGACAUCUACUUUGUGCAUGACACAACUAAUUUUUCCAACAAUUGUUUACAGACAGAUUAUUUCACUUAUAAUUCACUGUAUCACAAUUCCAGUGGGUCAGAAGUUUACAUACACUAAGUUGACUGUGCCUUUAAAGAGCUUGGAAAAUUCCAGAAAAUGAUGUCAUGGCUUUAGAAGCUUCUGAUAGGUUAAUUGACAUCAUUUGAGUCAAUUGGAGGUGUACCUGUGGAUGUAUUUCAAGGCCUACCUUUAAACUCAGUGCCUCUUUGCUUGACAUCAUGGGAAAAUCAAAAGAAAUCAGCCAAGACCUCAGAAAAAAAUGGUAGAUCUCCACAAGUCUGGUUCAUCCUUGGGAGCAAUUUCCAAACGCCUGAAGGUACCACCUUAAUCUGUACAAACAAUAGUAUGCAAGUAUAAACACCAUGGGACCACGCAGCCUUCAUACCGCUCAGGAAGGAGACGCGUUCUGUCUCCUAGAGAUGAACGUACUUUGGUGCGAAAAGUGCAAAUCAAUCCCAGAACAACAGCAAAGGACCUUGUGAAGAUGCUGGAGGAAACAGGUACAAAAGUAUCUAUAUCCACAGUAAAACGAGUCCUAUAUCGACAUUCCCUGAAAGGCCGCUCAGCAAGGAAGAAGCCACUGCUCCAAAACCACCAUAAAAAAGUCAGACUACGGUUUGCAACUGCACAUGGGGACAAAGAUUGUACUUUUUGGAGAAAUGUCCUCUGGUCUGAUGAAAAAAAAUUAGAACUGUUUGGCCAUAAUGACCAUCGUUAUGUUUGGAGGAAAAAGAGGGAUGCUUGCAAGCCGAAAAACACCAUGCCAACCGUGAAGCACGGGGGUGGCAGCAUCAUGCUGUGGGGGUGCUUUGCUGUAGGAGGGACUGGUGCACUUCACAAAAUAGAUGGCAACAUGAGGAAGAAAAAUUCUGUGGAUAUAUUGAAGCAACAUCUCAAGACAUCAGUCAGGAAGUUAAAGCUUGGUCGCAAAUGGGUCUUCCAGAUGGACAAUGACCCCAAUCAUACUUCCAAAGUUGUGGCAAAAUGGCUUAAGUACAACAAAGUCAAGGUAUUGGAGUGGCCAUCACAAAGCCCUGACCUCAAUCCUAUAGAACAUUUGUGGGCAGAACUGAAAAAGCGUGUGCGAGCAAGGAGGCCUACAAACCUGACUCAGUUACACCAGCUCUGUCAGGGGGAAUGGGCCAAAAUUCACCCAACUUAUUGUGGGAAGCUUGUGGAAGGCUACCCAAAACGUUUGACCCAAGUUGAAACAAUGUAAAGGCAAUGCUACCAAAUACUCAUUGAGUGUAUGUCAACUUCUGACCCACUGGGAAUGUGAUGAAAGAAAUAAAAGCUUAAAUAAAUCAUUCUCUCUAUUAUUAUUCUGACAUUUCACAUUCUUAAAAUAAAGUGGUGAUCCUAACUGACCUAAGACAGGACAUUUUUACUAGGAUUAAUUGUCAGGAAUUGUGAGAAACUGAGUUUAAAUGUAUUUGGCUAAGGUGUAUGUAAUCUUCCGACUUCCACUGUAUAUUUCUUGUAACCAUGCACAUGUCAUUUAGAUUCCUUUGGUGGACUGUGGGAGCGAUGACAAGUGCAUAGCUGACCUAUCGCUGAAGGCUGUGCCAAGUAUACAAAGGUAUUACCACAAUGAUUCCAUUCCUUCAAUCCAUCAAACUGUCAACAGUUAUGUCGCAGUUCAGUAGCAUGUUGCCCUUGUAUUGUACUUUGGCGCCCCCUUGUGUUACUUUGGUUGAAAUGCCAACAUUACAUUUACCCUGCUACAGUAGUAACUUUCCUAUUCUUUGCAGUCUUGUGAUCAAAGCGAACAAGGAGAAGUUCCACGUUCUGAUCACCACUAGAAACAGCAAAGACAACGCUUACAACACCAAAGUUAUGCUGAGCUUUAUUGAAAACAUCAACUACGUCAAGGUCGAGGUGAGGUUGCUCUCUGUCUUUAUACCAGUUGUGUGGCUUCAUAUCAACUUCUACUAUCUUGAACAUCAGAAUGUCAUAAUUUCUGUCAGUAUGUGUUUUGACAUUGACAUCUCUCCAUUUACUCCGCAGCCCAAAGAAAAAGACUGCAGUCUAAAUAAUACCAAAGUUGAGUGUGCUGUGGGAUAUCCAUUCCUCAAAAGCAAUGUAGAGGUAAGACGUUUCUUUAUUAUUAUUUAUAUUUUUAUAUAUUUUUAUUUAUUUAUACAUUUUUUAGGGGGAAGAUCAGCUUUAAUAUUGCAGAUAGAUUGUAGCUUCCAUCAAUGUAAUUGUCUGCAUCAUUUUCAAUCCCCCAUAUAUUUAUUUGUCAAUACAUACAAUACCAGUCAAAAGUUUGGACACACCUACUCAUUCGAGGGUUUGUCUUUAUUUUUACUAUUUUCUACAUUGUAGAAUAAUAGUGAAGACAUCAAAACUAUGAAGGGGGAGCAAAGCAAAUAGUCUGGGUAGCCAUUUGAUUAGAUGUUCAGGAGUCUUAUGGCUUGGGGGUAAAAGCUGUUUAGAAGCCUCUUGGACCUAGACUUGGCGCUCCGGUACUGCUUGCCGUGCGGUAGCAGAGAGAAGUCUAUGACUAGGGUGGCUGGAGUCAUUAAUUGCACUAUAACGGUGGCAAACGGUGCCCACAAACUGUUAGGGCCUACAUAAAGCUGUCCCAACAGCAGAGUCCCAACAGCAGUCACAACACCUUACCACUGCUACACCUGGCUAUCAGCGGAGCCUUGUCUGGCAGCGAAACAGUUCAUUCAGCCUCAUUUACUGCCUUUUAAAAAAACAUAGCUGAUAUGGCUGACUUGCUUAAACAAAUGUGGUUUCUACUGACAAUUGAGAUGUACAAACUAUGGCAUAAGGGGACGACAAGCGGAUUAGAGGCAAUCCGUAAUUUCGAUUAAGACAUUAAUGAGCGAGCUACAACGGACGUAGUCAAUAUAACUAUUUGUUAAGCACUUUUGAAAUGUACAGUGACAGAAUUCAGAACAUGGGCCGUUCUUACAGUGUUCUCCCUGUACACCAAGUCAGAACCGUAGGAUAAAUAAAGGGGGCAUAUAAGCAAACAAUGAAAGCUCUUACAGUAGUCGAUGAUUACAUUUCUCUAAAACAGGUAAUAGGUUGUGUGUACCACCAAGUCAGAACAGUAAGUGAAAUUAAGAGGGGAAAAUACAGUUGUGGUCAAAGGUUUUGUGAAUGACACAAAUUUAAAUUUUCACAAAGUCUGCUGCCUCAGUUUUUAUGAUGGCAAUUUGCAUAUACUCCAGAAUGUUAUGAAGAGUGAUCAGAUGAAUUGCAAUUAAUUGCAAAGUCCCUCUUUGCCAUGAAAAUGAACUUAAUCCCCCCAAAAAAUGUCCACUGCAUUUCAGCCCUGCCACAAAAUAACCAGCUGCCAUCAUGUCAGUGAUUCUCUCGUUAACACAGGUGAGAGUGUUGACGAGGACAAGGCUGGAGAUCACUCUGUCAUGCUGAUUGAGUUAGAAUAACAGACUGGAAGCUUUAAAAGGAGGGUGGUGCUUGAAAUCAUUGUUCUUCCUCUGUUAACCAUGGUUACCUGCAAGGAAACACGUGCCGUCAUCAUUGCUUUGCACAAAAAGGGCUUCACAGGCAAGGAUAUUGCUGCUAGUAAGAUUGCACCUAAAUCAACCAUUUAUCGGAUCAUCAAGAACUUCAAGGAGAGAUGUUCAAUUGUUGUGAAGAAGGCUUCAGGGUGCCCAAGAAAGUCCAGCAAGAGCCAGGACCGUCUCCUAAAGUUGAUUCAGCUGCGGGAUCGGGGCACCACCAGUGCAGAGCUUGCUCAGGAAUGGCAGCAGGCAGGUGUGAGUGCAUCUGCACGCACAGUGAGGCAAAGACUUUUGGAGGAUGGCCUGGUGUCAAGAAGGGCAGCGAGGAAGCCACUUCUCUCCAGGAAUAACAUCAGGGACAGACUGAUAUUCUGCAAAAGGUACAGGGAUUGGACUGCUGAGGACUGGGGUAAAGUAAUUUUCUCUGAUGAAUCCCCUUUCCGAUUGUUUGGGGCAUCCGGAAAAAAGCUUGUCCGGAGAAGACAAGGUGAGCGCUACCAUCAGUCCUGUGUCAUGCCAACAGUAAAGCAUCCUGAGACCAUUCAUGUGUGGGGUUGCUUCUCAGCCAAGGGAGUGGGCUCACUCACAAUUUUGCCUAAGAACACAGCCAUGAAUAAAGAAUGGUACCAACACAUCCUCAGAGAGCAACUUCUCCCAACCAUCCAAGAACAGUUUGGUGACGAACAAUGCCUUUUCCAGCAUGAUGGAGCACCUUGCCAUAAGGCAAAAGUAAGUGGCUCGUUUUGGGUCCAUGGCCAGGAAACUCCCCAGACCUUAAUCCCAUUGAGAACUUGUGGUCAAUCCUCAAGAGGUGGAUGGACAAACAAAAACCCACAAAUUCUGACAAACUCCAAGCAUUGAUUAUGCAAGAAUGGGCUGCCAUCAGUCAGGAUGUGGCCCAGAAGUUAAUUGACAGCAUGCCAUGGUGGAUUGCAGAGGUCUUGAAAAAGAAGGGUCAACACUGCAAAUAUUGACUCUUUGCAUAAACUAAAUGUUAUUGUCAAUAAAAGCCUUUGACACUUAUGGUAUGCUUGUAAUUAUACUUCAGUAUACCAUAGUAACAUCUGACAAAAAUAUCUAAAAACACUGAAGCAGCAAACUUUGUGAAGACCAAUAAUUGUGUCAUUCUCAAAACUUUUGACCACGACUGUAGACCAAAUUAUUAGGGUGAGGCAUGUGGGCUACUAACAGCUUACUACACAACAUACAUUUAGUAUUACUUUCUUAGCUACAGUAUACAUAUCUCCCUGGCAUUUUACAUAAUUUAUGCAGCAACAUACAAUACAUUUCUGGACUCACAUUUACAUUUACAUUUACAUCAUUUAGCAGACGCUCUUAUCCAGAGCGACUUACAAAUUGGUGCAUUCACCUUAUAGCCAGUGGGAUAACCACUUUACAAAGUUUUUUUUGGGGGGGUGGAGUGGGGUAAGGGGGGUGUAGAAGGAUUACUUUAUCCUAUCCCAGGUAUUCCUUAAAUAGGUGGGGUUUCAAAUGUCUCCGGAAGGUGGUGAGUGACACCGCUGUCCUGGCGUCGUGAGGGAGUUUGUUCCACCAUUGGGGUGCCAGAGCAGCGAACAGUUUUGACUGGGCUGAGCGGGAACUGUGCUUCCACAGAGGAAAGGGAGCCAGCAGGCCAGAGGUGGAUGAACGCAAUGCCCUCGUUUGGGUGUAGGGACUGAUCAGAGCCUGAAGGUACGGAGGUGCCGUUCCCCUCACAGCUCCGUAGGCAAGCACCAUGGUCUUGUAGCAGAUGCGAGCUUCAACUGGAAGCCAGUGGAGUGUGCGGAGGAGCGGGGUGACGUGAGAGAACUUGGAAAGGUUGAACACCAGACGGGCUGCAGCAUUAUGGAUGAGUUGUAGGGGUUUAAUGGCACAGGCAGGGAGCCCAGCCAACAGCGAGUUGCAGUAAUCCAGACGGGAGAUGACAAGUGCCUGGAUUAGGACCUGUGCCGCUUCCUGUGUAAGGCAGGGUCGUACUCUCCGAAUGUUGUAGAGCAUGAACCUACAGGAUCGGGUCACCGCCUUGAUGUUAGCGGAGAACGACAGGGUGUUGUCCAGGGUCACGCCAAGGCUCUUCGCACUCUGGGAGGAGGACACAACGGAGUUGUCAACCGUGAUGGCAAGAUCAUGGAACGGGCAGACCUUCCCCGGGAGGAAGAGCAGCUCCGUCUUGCCAAGGUUCAGCUUGAGGUGGUGAUCCGUCAUCCAUACUGAUAUGUCUGCCAGACAUGCAGAGAUGCGAUUCGCCACCUGGUUAUCAGAAGGGGGAAAGGAGAAGAUUAGUUGUGUGUCGUCUGCAUAGCAAUGAAAGGAGAGGCCAUGUGAGGAUAUGACAGAUGUAUAGCGAGAAUAGGAGAGGGCCUAGAACUGAGCCCUGGGGGACACCAGUGGUGAGAGCACGUGGUGCGGAGACAGCUUCUCGCCACGCCACUUGGUAGGAGCGACCGGUCAGGUAGAUCCAAGAGUGAGUCGCGCCGGAGAUGCCCAGCUCGGAGAAGGUGGAGAGGAGGAUCUGAUGGUUCACAGUAUCAAAGGCAGCAGACAGGUCUAGAAGGACAAGAGCAGAGGAGAGAGAGUUAACUUUAGCAGUGCGGAGAGCCUCCGUGACACAGAGAAGAGCAGUCUCAGUUGAAUGACCAGUCUUGAAACCUGACUGGUUUGGAUCAAGAAGGUAAUUCUGAGAGAGAUAGCAAGAGAGAUGGCUAAAGACGGCACGCUCAAGAGUUUUGGAGAGAAAAGAAAGAAGGGAUACUGGUCUGUAGUUGUUGACAUCAGAGGGAUCGAGUGUUGGUUUUUUGAGAAGGGGUGCAACUCUCGCUCUCUUGAAGACGGAAGUGACAUAGCCAGCGGUAAAGGAUGAGUUGAUCAGCGAGGUGAGGUAAGGGAGAAAGUCACCGGAGAUGGUCUGGAGAAGAGAGGAGGGGAUAGGGUCAAGCGGGCAGGUUGUUGGGCGGCCGGCCGUCACAAGUCGCAAGAUUUUAUCUGGAGAGAGAGGGGAGAAAGAAGUCAAAGCAUAGGGUAGGGCAGUGUGAGCAGGACCAGCAGUGUCAUUUGACUUAACAAACGAGGAUCGGAUGUCGUCAACCUUAUUUUCAAAAUGGUUGACGAAGUCAUCCACAGAGAGGGAGGAGGGGGGAGGGGGAGGAGGAUUCAGCAGGGAGGAGAAGGUGGCAAAGAGCUUCCUAGGGUUAGAGGCAGAUGCUUGGAAUUUAGAGUGGUAGAAAGUGGCCUUAGCAGCAGAAACAGAUGAAGAAAAUGUAGAGAGGAGGGAGUGAAAAGAUGCCACGUCCGCAGGGAGUCUAGUUUUCCUCCAUUUCCGCUCGGCUGCCCGGAGCCCUGUUCUGUGACUCACCUUGUUAUGCUGUGCUCAGUUGAACAGGAAGGUGGCGAGACGGUUCUUCGUGGACAAGUUUUAUCAUCAAAGAAAGAGAAAGAGGCGGGAUUUACAAUUCAGAGUUAGAUGACCGUUGAAAACGUAUUUUCCCAGUCAGAGCUCGUUUGUUCCCAACUUCCCAGUUGCAAUGCUUGCAGUUAGUCACUGUCACCUUUUUCCCCCCAAACCACUCAUUGUUGAAUUUGCGAUUUCCAACUUGUUGUGUAAUGUUUAUGUCCAAUGGCCGAUGAGCACCGAUACAUUUUAUCUAUAUAUCUCUUCAUUAUUUCUCUUCAUAUGACAAGGAUUAAAAAGGAUUUGCCAGUAGAUUGUCGACUUGAUUCAUGAUGAUGACUGCUAGCUAAGAUUUUUUAAGUAAGAUGUUGACAUGAUCAGUCCAAUCAAAGCUACUGUGUAUAUAACGUGAUUUGACGUAAUACUAUUUUUGGCCAAUGACCUUGAGCCUUCUUGGAAGGGCACUUCUAAUGUAACUCUAUGGCAGCACCCAAAGGGCUUGAAUUUUCGAAGUCUACCUUAGACAUGGCGGUGAUGUAGUGUCCCCAUGAGUGACAGAACACUGAGCCAAUCACGGCGCAACGCUCCUGCAUUUUGGAGCUGCCUUUUUCAAGAAAACUAAAAAGAGACCAUAUUUGUAUGCGGCUUUAUUUACAUUGUUUGCAAACUGAUAUGUGACACGUAUUAAUGCCAAAAUAACUUGCAAAACAGGCAAGCCCAAAAAAGAGAAAUAUUUGCAAAAAAUGUGUCUCUGCCCCAGCUAUCCUGAAUGAUGGGUCGCCACUGCUUGCUGGCUGCUUUUCCUUCACUCUGCGAUCCGACUCAUUCCAAACCAUCUCAAUUGAGUUGAGGUCAGGUGAUAUUUGAGGCCAGGUCAUCUGAUGCAGCACUCCAUCACUCCUUCUUGGUCAAAUAGCCCUUACACAGCCUGAAGGUGUGUUUUGGGUAAUUGUCCUGUUGAAAAACAAAUGAUAGUCCCACUAAGCUCAAACCAGAUGGGAUGGCGUAUCGCUGCAGAAUGCUAUGGUAGCCAUGCUGGUUAAGUGCACCUUGAAUUCUAAAUAAAUCACUGACAGUGUCACCAGUAAAGCACCAUCACAUCUCCUCCUCCAUGCUUUACGGUGGGAACUACACAUGCAGAGAUCAUCCGUUCACCCACACCGCGUCUCACAAAGACACGGCGAUUGGAACCAAAAAUCUCAAAUUUGGACUCCAGACCAAAGGAAGAAUUUCCACCGGUCUAAUGUCCAUUGCUCGUGUUUCUUGGCCCAAGCAGGUCUCUUCUUAUUAUUGGUGUCCUUUAGUAGUGGUUUCUUUGCAGCAAUUCGACCAUGAAGGCCUGAUUCACACAGUCCCCUCUGAACAUAUAUAAGAUGAUUCUUGCAAUAAUACAUAUCUAUCCUCAUACCAUUAGACUCACUAUGGACUUCAGGCCACUCAUGUGUCUGCUUGUUCUCUCUCUGCAGGAGGUGUUUAAGAUCCUGUUUGAAGUCAACCCUGCAUAUGUCUGGAAGGAAAUUCAGAUCAACGUAACUGCAACCAGGUACAGUAAGCCAUGGUGUCACACUAAAUCUAAACAACAUAAAAUAAAUGAUUGAUCAAAGAAGAAGUAUUGAAAUGUCAAAAUUCUAAUGCAAUGGCUUUUCCCCUUACUACAGUGACAGUGAGGAAGUGAACGCCACCCUCCAUGACAACACUGUGAGAAUCUCCAUCCCUGUAAAGUAUGAGCCUGGACUUAGAUUCACAGCGUGAGUACAGACAGCAGUUGCAACACAUACAGUACAUUCUUAUUUUCACAGAUUUAAAAAAAAAGAAAGUUCGACCAUUUUCCAUAUCUUUCCAUCUCCUUUCUCAUCCCUCCAUCUCUCAGUGACAGGCACAUGAAGGAGGACCACAUCAUAGUGAAAGAGGGAGAGCAGUACCCUAGCGUCUUCAACCACACCAGUGUGAUAGGAGAAGUGGUCAAGAUAAGCUACACGGUAAGACAUACAUACAUACAGUAUCAUCCCAGUCAUACUCUAGUGAUGCCUGGUUAGUCGGAACGCCCUGAGUCUGGUGAGAUAUGGGCAAGUGGUGUGCCCAAAAGUAAGAUAUCCCUUACAAAUAUGUACCAUGGUACUACUAUGGUAUGUUCACUUAUUACCUUGGUAUUGCAUCAUGUAUACCAUGGUAUAGAUCUGAAUCAUGGAAAUGUACCAUAAUUUUAGCUUUUAAGUAAGAUGGUACUGCCAUGCACCUAAAUAAUACCAUGGUAUUGCCUCAUUUUACCAUGGUAUAGAUGUGGAUUCUUGGAAAUACCAUGGUUCAUACUAUAGUGAGACCUGGUUAGUCAGAGCGCCCUGAGUCUGGUGAGAGACCUGGUUAGAUAUGGCCAAGUGGUGUGACCAAAAAUAAGACAAGUAUUCUGAGUUGCCUCAGCUUUGAAGAGGUUAACAUGUGAUUCAAUUGUGAGUGAAAGACCUGUGACUUACUGAUUCUCUCUGACUAGGGUUUAAUAUUUUUCCAGAGAAUCUACCCCCAAAAAAUCCUGAGAAAAUUGCAUGAAAUUACCAGGCAUCCCGGUAUUCCUGUUCAAACCAGAAGUGGUAUUUAAAAGCAUAGCCUAUAAUACUAGCGGGAAAAAAUGACAUGAUUAUACCACUGUAAAUGGAGAAAUAUACACAUGAAUCUAACUUUUUCUUUUUGUACUUUUUGCAAUUGAAUCAACUCAAAGUUCUCUCAAAUUUACCACACUAUUUUGUUGAUGUAGUCUAGUUAUAGGCUAGUUCAUAGCCUAGGCCUAUGAAGUGCCGUUGACGGACUGGUCAAAUAUUAUGAGGUCUUGUGAAAAUUACAUUAGUUUUAGCCUACCUUUGACUGAACGAUGUCAGGCAGCUUGUUGACCCUUUUCUCUCCCCUUGCACCUGGCUAUCGGGGGAAUUUGGGAAUGUUAUGGAUGUUUUUACCUCAUGAUAAUCCGAUUGAGAUUAGACAAUGAUUCCGAAUGUUUAAUAGUCACAUGUACAGGGUUGCAGGUGUGAUUGCAGGGUACAGUGAAAGUCUUAGGCUUCGAGCUCCAACAUGCAGGACUAAGUGAAAUAAAAUAAAGAAAAUGGUCAUAAAAAACAACAGUAGAAAUAGAAAUAGCACUAUUUACAGUGGGGAGAACAAGUAUUUGAUACACUGCCGAUUUUGCAGGUUUUCCUACUUACAAAGCAUGUAGAGGUCUGUAAUUUUUAUCAUAGGUACACUUCAACUGUGAGAGACGGAAUCUAAAACAAAAAUCCAGAAAAUCACAUUGUAUGAUUUUUAAGUAAUUAAUUUGCAUUUUAUUGCAUGACAUAAGUAUUUGAUCACCUACCAGCCAGUAAGAAUUCCGGCUCUCACAGACCUGUUAGUUUUUCUUUAAGAAGCCCUCCUGUUCUCCACUCAUUACCUGUAUUAACUGCACCUGUUUGAACUCGUUACCUGUAUAAAAGACACCUGUCCACACACUCAAUCAAACAGACUCCAACCUCUCCACAAUGGCCAAGACCAGAGCGCUGUGUAAGGACAUCAGGGAUAAAAUUGUAGACCUGCACAAGGCUGGGAUGGGCUACAGGACAAUAGGCAAGCAGCAUGGUGAGAAGGCAACAACUGUUGGUGCAAUUAUUAGAAAAUGGAAGAAGUUCAAGAUGACGGUCAAUCACACUCGGUCUGGGGCUCCAUGCAAGAUCUCACCUCGUGGGGCAUCAAUGAUCAUGAGGAAGGUGAGGGAUCAGCCCAGAACUACACAGCUUGACCUGGUCAAUGACCUGAAGAUAGCUGGGACCACAUCUCAAAGAAAACCAUUAGUAACACACUACGCCGUCAUGGAUUAAAAUCCUGCAGCGCACGCAAGGUCCCCCUGCUCAAGCCAGCGCAUGUCCAGGCCCGUCUGAAGUUUGCCAAUGACCAUCUGGAUGAUCCAGAGGAGGAAUGGGAGAAGGUAAUGUGGUCUGAUGAGACAAAAAUAGAGCUUUUUGGUCUAAACUCCACUCGCCGUGUUUGGAGGAAGAAGAAGGAUGAGUACAACCCCAAGAACACCAUCCCAACCGUGAAGCAUGGAGGUGGAAACAUCAUUCUUUGGGGAUGCUUUUCUGCAAAGGGGACAGGACGACUGCACCGUAUUGAGGGGAGGAUGGAUGGGGCCAUGUAUCGCGAGAUCUUGGCCAACAACCUCCUUCCCUCAGUAAGAGCAUUGAAGAUGGGUCGUGGCUGGGUCUUCCAGCAUGACAACGACCCGAAACACACAGCCAGGGCAACUAAGGAUUGGCUCCGUAAGAAGCAUCUCAAGGUCCUGCAGUGGCCUAGCCAGUCUCCAGACCUGAACCCAAUAGAAAAUCUUUGGAGGGAGCUGAAAGUCCGUAUUGCCCAGCGACAGCCCCGAAACCUGAAGGAUCUGGAGAAGGUCUGUAUGGAGGAGUGGGCCAAAAUCCCUGCUGCAGUGUGUGCAAACCUGGUCAAGACCUACAGGAAACGUAUGAUCUCUGUAAUUGCAAACAAAGGUUUCUGUACCAAAUAUUAAGUUCUGCUUUUCUGAUGUAUCAAAUACUUAUGUCAUGCAAUAAAAUGCAAAUUCAUUACUUAAAAAUCAUACAAUGUGAUUUUCUGGAUUUUUGUUUUAGAUUCCGUCUCUCACCGUUGAAGUGUACCUAUGAUAAAAAUUACAGACCUCUACAUGUUUUGUAAGUAGGAAAACCUGGAAAAUCGGCAGUGUAUCAAAUACUUGUUCUCCCCACUGUAUAUCAUAACAACUGUAGCAGUGAUGAAUAAAUACGUGUCCAUUGGGGUGGAGGCAGAGUAAAGACUGUUGAGGGGGUGGGGGGGAGUGACCAUAGGGGGAGCAGCAUGACCAUUGAGGGAGUGUGGGGACCAAGUGAAAGAAAAACAAAGAAAAUGGUCUACCGUAACUGCGUCGAGAGGUCGCGUGUAGCCUGCACAUAGCAAGCAAUUACAUUUAUAGAAGCCAGGCAAUUAGUCUAAGAAUGUUUUCUAUUGGGGACUUUAUGUUGCGCAAAUAUGGUAGGCUGCUACCAUUGUGAUGAUUGGUCUAAUGUAUGAAUGAAGCCAGAGAGUUGAUAUGUCACACGUGCAUAUUUUGUAUUUUUGCAUCUCGGCUGAUUUACCCUUCUCUUUCUCGGCAUAUCCUCUCACCAGUUGUGAUAUGUUGAGAAAUUCUUGGGGAGGGUAGGCUAUGGCCAUCUUGUUUGAGUGCUGAUCUGAAUAGCCCGUAGGCCUACUUGCUGUUUGCAAUGGCAUGGUAGGAGAACCCAUCGCACGCAGCACUUUGAAUUUAUGCCGACUUCGUGUAAGUAAAUAGGCUACAACAGCACACACAAUCACACUGAGGGUUGAUGAUUGGUCAUGCAGAUAUCAGAGCAGAGAAGGCAGCAGAGAAGACAGAUUUAGACAUGACAUAUCAUUUAACAGCUCCAUUUCACGUCACGCUGCUCAUAUAAAUCAUUUAUAAUAAUUUACUGGUUUCUCAACAUUAUUUCUCCCCUGAGACGAGAAUGAGUUUGGGUGGGAAAUCUUGUUAACCCGGUUCCCGCUAUAAAACCCUAUCUCUAACCUCCAGAUGGAAAAAGAUGUGGAUAUGGUGGCUCCUCCUCUGAAGCUAAGGGUGACGUACCCGUACCUGUCACCCAGAGAGAACGUCCUGCUUUACCUGACUGACGUCACCUCCUCACAGGUAAGGCCUCUCUCUCUCCCUACGGUACAUGUACUGUACAAUAGAGGUAGAGUUUAUAUCUGUACCCUGCACAGGGUUCUCUGCCAGUCAACAGAUAAUCACACUGUGAAGUCAACCAGACUGCAGAACUUUAGUGGUGUGGAUCAACUUGAUCCAAUGUGAUUGAUUGACUGAUGAUUGAUUGAUUUAUUGAUGGAUCUUGUCUGUCUCCCACAGGAUGUGAGAUGCCAUGCCAUGGAUCUGAUUAACCCUUUAAAGAUCAACCACAACAAUGUCCACACUCUCAACCUUAAAAAAGAGACCCUCAGUGACUUCCUGGUGGUGAGUCAACACUGUGUGUGUGUGUGUGUGUGUGUGUGUGUGUGUGCACGUGCGCGUGUGUGUGUGUGUCUCACAGUGUGUAUUCUCUCCUUGCAGGGCUGUAAGGACCACCCAUGUAAGUCAUUUGACUGCUCCAUCCCUCACACCAACAACAGCCAGGUCAAUGUUACCUUCAGGGUGUGGAAGCCCACCUUUAUCAAAGUGAGUAUAAUGGAGUGAUUGAAUGGAUCAUUGAAUGAUUUUGUUUCUGACUGAUUCUGAUUCAUUAAUCUGAUUCAAUGAUUUGCUGAGCAGGCAGAGUUCACCAGUCUUCAUAUGAUAGUUCAUGCCACUCUGGAGAACCAGAACACUGAUCUCUUCAUGUUGAGUACCGCUAAUAACGCCAGAGAUGUGAGUGCAAUGACCUAUUCAUUUUCAUGUGAUUUUAUGUGUUUGCUUGUUGUCCUUUGUUUGUUUUCUGGGUCAUGUAACACUCUUGUUUCUAUCUCAGGUGAAGAUUCAGGUGUCUAAAGAGGCACUAGGAGGUAUACCACUGUGGAUCAUUAUAGUCAGUAUCUUAAUAGGACUUCUCAUUCUAGCACUGGUCAUCUUCGCCCUAUGGAAGGUAUGUGUGUGUUCACAACAUUCUGUCUGCUUGUGUCAAUUGGGAAGAGAUAGAAUAGCACAGGCUUGCAUUAUAGAGAGGUUCAACAUGUGUGACCAUGUGUGAAAUACACUUUAAAAUCUAUAUACUUAAACUCAAACUUGAGACUUAAAUUCGGAUGUGAAUUAUGUUGUAUUCAAUUUUUUCUUCUUUGCUCCAUCUACCAGGCUGGAUUUUUCAAAAGAAAAUCCAUGGAAGACAUGGAGAAGGAGGACAUUAAGAAUUAA